AUGGCUAAGUGUCCUCCGUGUUUUACAGGUCUCGCUUGUAAAACGCGUUAUAAUUUUUUGGCUUUGGCUUGGGCACCAUCAAUGUCGGCUGAUAUUAUUCACACAGUUGAUGACUCUGAAAAAUCUAAGCUAUCAACUGUAUACGUGACUGUUGUUACUGUGAUAGUAAUUAUAUCGAUUAUUAAUAAUCUAAUGACAUUAGAAACUGCAUUUUGUCGAAAAAUUCGCAUUACACCAUGUGGUUUAUAUUUAAUAUUUAACUGUAUUUGUUGUUUGAUUUCAAUAAUUCUAGUGGAAAUAUUAGUUGUUCUAAUGUUAUUUGACCACAAUUUGUUUUUUUGCAAGUAUCUCACGGUUAUUGCUAAACCAUUAUUUGGACACUUGAGUUUGUGGAUAUCAUCAUUUAUUGCUGUUGAACGUGUUUUAAUUGAAUGUUUUAAUUUUAGUUUAUUUGGUACAAGAAAUUAUUCAGUAAUCGCUACAGUCCUACUGUUUAUUCUGAUGAGUUUAUCCAAUAUUCAUAAAAUAUAUUUUCGUCAAUUAUUAACUGAUCCAAUUAUUCCCACGUCCACCAUGUGCACAUUCUUAUACAGUAACAAUUGGAAAACAUUUGACAAAAUAAUGAAUCAUCUCCAUCUUAUUGUUCCAUGUUUGAUACAUCUUUUAUCUACCAGCUUUGUUCUCCAAAGUAUUGUUCGACAAAAAGUCUACUUAGCAUGUGCAUCAUCCCAUCAAUUUUGGCCAACUUAUCGUAAACAAUUGUUUAAUCAUAAAGACUUUUUGAUACCUCCAAUACUAAUUAUUCUCUGCACUAUACCUCAUGUGCUGUAUAUCGAUAUUAAAAUGAAUGAUUGUGUACAGGCACGUAUGAAACACUUUAUACGCGCACAUAUUGCUCUUGAACUUCUUUUUUACCUACCACACACAUUUACAUUUUUUAUCUAUGUUUAUCCAGCUCCAGUCUAUAGACAAGAAUUUUAUUCGACAAACAUUGGACGCGCAUGGAAAUAUUUUACAUUUCAACAAGAAAAGUAG